AGAAUGGAAACAGCGAAGGAUACAGCCUGUGCACAUCAUGACUUCUGUGAGCUCAUUGCGCGGGACUAGGGAGGCCAUUCACCUGCUCUUCCCUCUACGAUUUUCCAUAACACAGUUUUUACUUGGAACCAGCCUUCUGCCAAGAGUCUCAGUUUGGUUGUGUACUCCUACAACUACUAUUUUUGGCUUGACUUCCCUCUCCAGCUCCCAGUGGUCCAGCCACACAGUCGCCUAAUGUACCAGCUGGUUGAUUGUUCAGUGACCAGUGACUUGGAUUUUCCAACACAAGUCAUCCCACUGAAGACUCUGAAUGCAGUUGCUUCAGUACCCAUAAUGUAUUCUUGGUCUCCCCUACAGCAGAACUUUAUGGUGGAAGAUGAAACUGUUUUACAUAACAUUCCUUAUAUGGGUGAUGAAGUUUUAGAUCAGGAUGGCACGUUCAUUGAAGAACUAAUAAAAAAUUAUGAUGGAAAAGUACAUGGUGAUAGAGAAUGUGGGUUUAUAAAUGAUGAAAUCUUUGUGGAGUUGGUGAAUGCUCUUGGUCAAUACAACGAUGAUGACGAUGAUGACGACGGAGAUGAUCCUGAUGAAAGAGAAGAAAAACAGAAAGAUAUGGAGGAUCACCGAGAUGAUAAAGAAAGCCGCCCACCUCGGAAAUUUCCUUCUGACAAAAUUUUCGAAGCCAUUUCCUCAAUGUUUCCAGAUAAAGGCACAGCAGAAGAACUAAAGGAAAAAUAUAAAGAACUCACUGAGCAGCAGCUCCCAGGCGCACUUCCUCCUGAAUGUACCCCCAACAUAGAUGGACCAAAUGCUAAAUCUGUUCAGAGGGAGCAAAGCUUGCAUUCAUUUCAUACGCUUUUCUGUAGGCGAUGUUUUAAAUAUGACUGCUUCCUACAUCGUAAGUGCAAUUAUUCUUUUCAUGCAACACCCAACACGUAUAAGCGGAAGAACACAGAAACAGCUCUAGACAACAAACCUUGUGGCCCACAGUGUUACCAGCAUUUGGAGGGAGCAAAGGAGUUUGCAGCUGCCCUUACCGCUGAGCGGAUAAAGACCCCACCAAAGCGCCCAGGAGGGCGCAGAAGAGGACGGCUUCCCAAUAACAGUAGUAGACCCAGCACUCCAACCAUUAAUGUGCUGGAGUCAAAGGAUACAGACAGUGAUAGGGAAGCAGGGACCGAAACAGGGGGUGAGAACAAUGAUAAAGAAGAAGAAGAGAAAAAAGAUGAAACUUCCAGCUCCUCUGAAGCAAAUUCUCGCUGUCAAACACCAAUAAAGAUGAAACCAAAUAUUGAACCUCCUGAGAAUGUGGAAUGGAGCGGUGCUGAAGCCUCAAUGUUUAGAGUCCUCAUUGGCACUUAUUAUGACAAUUUCUGUGCCAUUGCUAGGUUAAUUGGGACCAAAACAUGUAGACAGGUGUAUGAGUUUAGAGUCAAAGAAUCUAGUAUCAUAGCUCCAGCUCCUGCCGAAGAUGUUGAUACUCCUCCAAGAAAAAAGAAAAGGAAACACCGGUUGUGGGCUGCACACUGCAGAAAGAUACAACUGAAAAAGGACGGCUCCUCUAACCAUGUUUACAACUAUCAACCCUGUGAUCAUCCACGGCAGCCUUGUGACAGUUCGUGCCCUUGUGUGAUAGCACAGAAUUUUUGUGAAAAGUUUUGUCAGUGUAGUUCAGAGUGUCAGAACCGCUUUCCUGGAUGCCGCUGCAAAGCUCAGUGCAACACCAAGCAGUGCCCGUGCUAUCUGGCUGUCCGAGAGUGUGACCCUGACCUCUGUCUUACUUGUGGAGCUGCUGACCAUUGGGACAGUAAAAAUGUGUCCUGCAAGAACUGUAGUAUCCAGCGGGGCUCCAAAAAGCAUUUACUGCUGGCACCAUCUGAUGUGGCAGGCUGGGGGAUUUUUAUCAAAGAUCCUGUACAGAAAAAUGAAUUCAUCUCGGAAUACUGUGGAGAGAUUAUUUCUCAAGAUGAAGCUGACAGAAGAGGGAAAGUGUAUGAUAAAUACAUGUGCAGCUUUCUGUUCAACUUGAACAAUGAUUUUGUUGUGGAUGCAACCCGCAAGGGCAACAAAAUUCGUUUUGCAAAUCAUUCAGUAAAUCCAAAUUGCUAUGCAAAAGUUAUGAUGGUUAACGGCGAUCACAGGAUAGGUAUUUUUGCUAAGAGAGCCAUCCAGACUGGGGAAGAGCUGUUUUUUGAUUACAGAUACAGCCAGGCUGAUGCCCUGAAGUAUGUGGGCAUUGAAAGAGAAAUGGAAAUCCCCUGACACCUGCUACCUCCUCCUCCCCCUUCUCUGAAACAGCUGCCUUAGCUUCAGGAACCUCGAGUACUGUGGGCAAUUUAGAAACAAAAUGCAGUUUGAAAUUCUGAGUUUGCAAAGUACUGUAAGAAUAAUUUAUAGUAAUGAGUUUUAAAAUCAACUUUUUAUUGCCUUCUCACCAGCUGCAAAGUGUUUUGUACCAGUGAAGUUUUGCAAUAAUGCAGUAUGGUACAUUUUUAACUUUGAAUAAAGAAUACUUGAACUUCU